AGAGAAUUACUUGAAGCUUAUGGAGAUGCUACAAAACCGGGAAGUUUGGAAGGUGUGUCGCGUUUUGCUCGUAUACAUCGUCUGAAACCUGCCGAAGCUCAAAAGAUUCUCGAAAAAGAUUUGGCAUACACGCUCCAUCGACCGAGACGACGCGGAAGAUUUCCCACCUUACCCGUAUUGGUGUUUGGUAAAGACGAGCAAUGGGUUGCAGAUUUAAUGGAAAUGCAACCUUUGGCCAAAUAUAAUAGUGGAAAUCGUUAUCUUUUGGUAGUCGUGGAUGCGUUUUCAAAAUACGCUUGAGUAGAACCCAUAAUAUCUAAAACGGGAAUAGCCGUUACCGAGGCUUUUAAAAAAAUCUUGAAACGCGCCGAAGGAAGAACAGAACAAACAGUGCAAACGGAUGAUGGAAAAGAAUUUUACAAUGACACAUUUCAAAAAUUGAUGAAAGAUUAAGAUAUUCAUAGGAAGUAUAGGAAUGAGACCCUCAGAAGUGACUUUGGAAAAUGCUAGUGAUGUGUGGGAUACAUUGUACGGUAAAAAAUUAAAACAACAACGCAAAUCGAAACCCCGAUUUCGAGUCAACGAUAGAGUUCGAUUAAACGAAAAAUCCAGGAUGUUUAAAAAAGGAUAUUUACCAGGUUGGACUGAAGAGGUGUUUAUUGUGUCAAAUGUGGUACCUGGAGUGGUCUACACCUAUAAAGUCAAAGAAAUGGACGAUACGCCCGUGCGAGGUACUUUUUACGAACAAGACUUGCAAAAAGUACAAAUACCCGACGACGCUUUGUAUCGUAUAGAAAAAGUCCUUAAACGCCAAGGCAAUAAAGUUCUUGUCAGUUGGAAAGGUUUCCCUCCGAAACAUAAUUCUUGGUUGAACAAGAAAGACAUUCAGAAGCUAUGA